AUGACUUUAAAAUACAAUUUGCAUUAUUCCAAUAUCUCACUUGAAUUUUAUUUUUUAGGUAUUUAUUACGGCGCAGGUGUUGAAUUAGAGAAAGCUUUAGGUCGGGAACUUAUUUGGUUACCAUGUCGUCAACAAACAGGCCCGAACGUGCCAAUCUUCAAUCGAUUCAAAGGUUUUUGGAACAAAAUUGAUAAAUCAAAAUUCAAAGCGGGUAUAGAAGAUACCGCUGUUGAUCAAGCUUUGUCAGACAUCACUGAUGAAAUUUUAGGAUUCAUUGGAGAAUAUUUGCAGAAAUAUCAUCCAAGGAGUGACUACAGAGAAUUUUUGGAGCUGUCAUCAGUUUUCUUAGGAAUUGUUCCAAAAGAAAAUUUUUCGUUCAAAAGUCCAGGAGCUAUGAGUCAUGCUCGUUGGAUGUCCAAAGCAAUAUAUUGUUUAAAAAUAUUCAUUUUUCGGGAAGAAUUCAAACUCACAACUUAUGAGAUAAAUAGCCUCCGAGAAAUAUGCAAGUUUAUCAUCACAAAUUAUAUAACAGCGUGGUUUACUUCGAGUUCAGCGACUUUGGCUGCACAACAUGAUUUAAUUUUCAUGCAGAAAUUAAUUCGAUACAAAGCAGUAAAUUUGGCAAUAUCAACUGCAACUACUGAAAAAAUUAAGAAUCACCUAUAGUAUUUAUCUGAAAAAUUAGCCGUUACAUCUUUAUUUGAUGGAUGUGUAAAAAAUGAAGUGAAAGAACAAAUUAUUGUUAAUUUGAAGAAUCGAGAUGGUUUUAAUACGAAAGUCAAAAAAUUGGAGAUAUUACAAGAAGACAUUAAACGAUUUUUGCAGAAAGAUAUUAGUGAUUUUGUAUCAAAAGAUUCUAUGUUCAUUUUUACAGCGUUUGAUUUACCGUAUGAUUUUAUGGAAAGAGAUGUGAAUUUUUGGCCUC